UAAUAUCUUCUUCGUGAUACGGUAAAAACUACCAAUCUACUUUUUUAACCAAAAGAACUUGGCGAAGGACAUCAUUCAUUAUCAUGUUCGGAUUAUUUUGUACUUCAAUUGGCCAUGCAUUYUUUUGYURUCUGUUUAAUUGAAAGUUUGUCAACCUAGGAGUUAUGUAGAAUGUUAAAGAUACAUUUAAUUGCAUCUCUAUGUGUGUGUACAUAUCGUAUUGGUUGAGGCAUGCUAUUCUGCUCUGUUUUUGAUUUUCUGCAUUCUUAUAACUUUGUCUUCCAUCUUUAUCCCUUUYUGUACCAUGAAUAUUGUACUUAUAAGUACAAGGUUUAUCUCAAGAAGUUUUAAGCACUAUCUUCACUCUAAUUAUUGAUUAAUAUAAAAUAUGAAAUAUACGAAUAUGAGAAAGAAGCUCAAAGACCAAUGCGCUCCUAUUUUCUCUGUACUUAUUCUCUUWGURUUAACACAUAGUACUUUCAGGGACCUUCUAGCCAAUGGGUUGAUGUAAUGAAGAUGAAAAGAGCUAUUCAUGAGGGGGUCAUAAAUAAAGUAAACCAGCAGCUCUCUAGCAAUCAUUCAGUAAAGGAAGAUGAGCUUGAAUGCAAUAGAUCACCAGGCAUGGGAAAGAAAGUUUCUGGUAGUAAAAGGAAGGCACAGAGCUUCAAGGAUGAGGAGUUUUUCAUAAGCUCAGUUCCAACAAAUCAACAUUUUGAAGCAGGCCUUUCAGUCAGAAGUAAUCAAGGCUUUGCAUCCAACAGGUUGGAGAAUGCUGUUCUUGACCUAGCUGCAGAUGAUAGUGGGGGAUUACAAAAACAGAAGUCUUCAUAUCAUUGGGAUAAGAGGAGUAAAAAGUAUGUCAAGUUGAACAACGGUGACCGUGUAACAGCUAGUGGGAAGAUAAUAACAGAGAGUGGUUCAAAAGGGAAGGCCAAUAAAACUGGAAUAUAUAAAAGAUGGAAAGAAAAAUCACACAGUAAGGUAUCUUUCCAAGGAACAAACAAUGAAGGCAGUGCUGUGGAAUCUACAAGUCUCAAAGCAGGAGGGCGUGGAAUGCAUAAGAGAGGAGGGUUUAGAGGUGGGAACAAGAGUCGGUCAGUUCCUAAUGCUCAUGUGCGUUCAGAAGUUAAAAAUCUUGACCAAGUUCGGAAAGAAAGGCAAACGAAAGCAACCAAAGCUGCUUUGAUGAAGAAUAACCCAAAGAAAGGGAAAAAGUUAGGGAAAAAUGGUGGUAAAAGGGGGAAGGGAAGGAAAUAGAUAUAUAUAUAUAUAUAUACACACACACAUAUAUAUAUAUAUAUAUAUGUAUAUGUGUGUGUGUGUGUGUUAUGGUUGUUUAUUUCUUGUUUUGAUGGCACAAUCACGAUUCACAUGUAUGGUGUAAAACUUAAUGGGUGGUGAUAUUUUUGAAAUUA